GACAAACAGAGGAGCCGGCGGCCUGAGUGCGGGCCCAGCACCCACCUGCCCCGCCUGAAGGAUGCCGGUGGCCGAGGCCCCCCAGGCAGCGGGCGGCCAGGGCGAUGGAGGUGACGGUGAGGACGCGGAGCCAGAGGGGACGUUCCAGGGCCCUGAGGACUCCAAGAGGAAGGUCCGGGACUCCCUCCGCCUGGCGCCCCUGGGGCUGGCCCUGGUGGCGCUGGCCUCCGUGGGGGUGAUGCUCUGGUAUUUCCUAGGGUACCGGGCGGAGGUGACGGUCAGCCAGGUGUACUCGGGCAGCUUCCGCGUGCUCAAUCGCCACUUCUCCCAGGACCUCGCCCGCAGGGAGUCCAGYGUCUUCCGCAGUGAGACCGCCAGAGCCCAGAGGAUGCUGGCGGAGCUCAUCACCAGCACCCAGCUGGGCGCCUUCUACAACGCCAGCUCCGUCUACUCCUUCGGGGAGGGACCCCUCACCUGCUUCUUCUGGUUCAUCCUCCAAGUCCCCGAGCGCCGCCGGCCGUCCCUGAGCCCCGAGGUGGUGCAGGCGCUGCUGGUGGAGGAGCUGCUCUCCAACGGCUCGGCGCUGGCCCCCUACCGGGCGGAGUACGAGGUGGACCCCGAGGGCCUGGUCAUCCUGGAAGCCAGCGUGAAGGACGUGGGCGCUCUGAACGCCUCGCUCGGUUGUUACCGCUACAGCUACGUGGGCCGGGGCCAGGCGCUGAGGCUGAAGGGGCCCGACCACCUGGCCUCCAGCUGCCUGUGGCACCUGCAGGGCCCCCAGGACCUCAUGCUCAAACUGCGGCUCGAGUGGACCCUGCCCGAGUGCCGCGACAGGCUGGCCGUGUACGAUGCGCCCGGGCCCCUGGAGAAGAGGCUCAUCACCUCGGCCUAUGGCUGCAGCCGCCAGGAGCCCGUGCUGGAGGUGCUGGCGUCGGGCGCCGUCAUGGCGGUGGUCUGGAAGAAGGGCCUGCACAGCUACUAUGACCCCUUCCUGCUCUCUGUGCAGCCGGUGGCCUUCCAGGCCUGCCAGGUCAACGUCACGCUGGAGGGCCGUCUGGACGCCCAGGGCGUGCUGAGCACACCCUACUUCCCCAGCUACUACUCUCCCAGCACCCACUGCUCCUGGCACAUCACGGUGCCCUCUCUGGACUACGGCCUGGCCCUCUGGUUUGAUGCCUACGCGCUUCGGAGGCAGAAGUACGACCUGCCGUGUACCCAGGGCCAGUGGACCAUCCAGAACCGGAGGUUGUGUGGCUUGCGCACCCUGCAGCCCUAUGCCGAGAGGAUCCCCGUGGUGACAACGGCUGGCAUCACCAUCAACUUCACCUCCCAGAUCUCCCUCACGGGCCCCGGGGUGCGGGUGCACUACGGCCUGUACAACCAGUCAGACCCCUGCCCUGGAGAGUUCCUCUGCUCUGUGAACGGCCUCUGUGUCCCGGCCUGUGACGGGAUCAAGGACUGCCCCACCGGCCUGGACGAGAGGAACUGUGUGUGCAGAGCCACAUUCCAGUGCCAAGAGGACAGCACGUGUGUCUCACUGUCCAGGGUCUGUGAUCGGCAGCCUGACUGUCUCAAYGGCAGUGACGAAGAGCAGUGCCAAGAAGGAGUGCCAUGUGGGACGUUCACCUUCCGGUGUGAGGAUGGGAGCUGCGUGAAGAAGCCCAACCCUCAGUGUGACGGGCAGCCCGACUGCAGGGACGGCUCGGAUGAGCGCCACUGCGACUGUGGCCUCCAGGGCCCCUCCAGCCGCAUUGUGGGUGGGGCCGUGUCCUCCGAGGGUGAGUGGCCGUGGCAGGCCAGCCUCCAGGUUCGGGGUCGGCACAUCUGCGGGGGGGCCCUCAUCGCUGACCGCUGGGUGGUCACAGCUGCGCACUGCUUCCAGGAAGACAGCAUGGCCUCCCCAGCGCUGUGGACCGUGUUCCUGGGCAAGGUGCGGCAGAACUCGCGCUGGCCCGGCGAGGUGUCCUUCAAGGUGAGCCGCCUGGUCCUGCAUCCGUACCACGAGGAGGACAGCCACGACUACGACGUGGCCCUGCUGCAGCUCGACCACCCGGUGGUGCGCUCGGCCACCGUGCGCCCCGUCUGCCUGCCCGCGCGCUCCCACUUCUUCGAGCCCGGCCUGCACUGCUGGAUCACCGGCUGGGGCGCCCUGCGCGAGGGGGGCCCCACCAGCAACGUCCUGCAGAAGGUGGACGUGCAGCUGGUCCCGCAGGACCUGUGCGGCGAGGCCUACCACUACCAGGUGACACCCCGCAUGCUGUGCGCCGGCUACCGCAAAGGCCAGAAGGACGCCUGCCAGGGUGACUCUGGUGGUCCCCUGGUUUGCAAGGAGCUCAGUGGCCGCUGGUUCCUGGCAGGACUGGUCAGCUGGGGCCUGGGCUGUGGCCGGCCCAACUACUUCGGCGUCUACACUCGGAUCACAGGAGUGAUCGGCUGGAUCCAGCAGGCACUGGCCUGAGGGGCUGCUGUGUGCCCAGUGGGGGCCAUCUCCUGCCUAGGACAGAGCCCAGGGCGCCCCCUGGACAAGGYGUCGAGUAUUCUGGGGGCAAAGAGAUGGCAUCCUGCCUCCCAGCCUGCUCCCUGCCAUUUGCCCCAGUGAGAGGCACAAGGGGGCAGGAGGCCACCAGCAGGGGCCAGGACUUCCCGAGGGCCCAGGCCCUUCACCUUGAUCAGUGUCCUCUCCUCACUGUGGACUUGGUGGGGAGGGGCUCAGCAGCCAAGAUGCUGGCUCCUAGGUCCCUGGUAGGAGUAUGAGACCCCACCCCAGGCAGAGGCCACCUGGGUGACACUGGUUCCACAGGGCAGAUUCAGCURAGAAGCUUCUGGUGUCCCUUGGGGGUGAGGGUAGAAAGUGCCUGGUUGGAGGGGACCCUCAGAGACUGGGAGACUGACUGCCAAGUGGGACAGCAGCCACCAUAAGCCAAAGGGUGGGACAGCCCCAGCUGCAGGGCCCCGAGCCACCUGCCUGCCACUGGGGCUUCC